AUACAUCAAUUAUGCACCAAGAGGUCUUCUCGACGAUGAUCUCUUGAGCUCGGUGAACACCUCCAGGCAGUUUGAGUCGACAGUGACUCCGGAGCUCUGCGGGCGAAAUCCGUCCUCGGCCGGGGAAUCCUUCAGCUGUGGGGACGUGCCAUGACGGUCGUGCGGGCAGAAAGGUAAGUGACGGUGUUGACCCUGCUAGAUCAAAUAUCUUGGAUGCACUCUUGUCGACAACUCGACACGUGAGACUCGAAGUUGGGCUUGCUGGUGCUCUGAUCACGUAUACAUCUGGAAAAUCGCCAUGCGCGGCACAGACUGUACCCUUCACCCGGGCCUAUGGCCAGUGUCCCAGCCUCGACUGGCGCAUGGCAGCAAGCAACUAUUGGCUGGCUAUCCAUCUAGAUCUCGGUGACCCGAGUCCGGACUUUGGAUCUCCACCCAAUGAAGCGGACGCCGGCUCGAGCAUUGAAGGCGGAACGAUUUGCGGCUCUGAGAUCUGCCAUUUUCGAGGUGAACGCUCAAGGACUUGUUCAACGUUAGUCUUCCUCUUUGCCGUCUGAAAAGGGUCGCCAUGAAGCUUGAAAGUGGACGCAGCUGAUUGAGAGGCCCCACAUGUCACUCCUGCAUAUCUCGCUGCCUUGUUCGCUCAACUUCGUGACCUGCAUUUCGGAAUGGGGCCGCCUUGGCCGGAUGACAUUUGUGUUACCCACUACAUCCGAAUUGACGACUGACUGGCGCUCAGGUUGUCAUACGUGCAAGGAGAGUGCAGUACGGAUGAUGUGCUGUUGGCUGCUUUGUUUCGCCUGCGAAACAGGGGAAGGCUCCUGUCUCCGAGACGAAACGCGUCUCACAACAGACUACGCAGUACGCGCAGGAACGCGACUUUCAGGAGGGCUCGGAAACCUGACCGAUGCGUAUAUCUGAAGGGCUGCCCCGAUCUCGACGCGUGGAUCCUCCUGGUGUUACGGGUUGCGCGUUGUGCCGGACACAAAGGUUGGCGUCUUCAAACCAUUUAUACCGACGAUGUCCCGUCGGGCAGCACCAUCGAGUAUCGGCGACACAGUGAAUGGAUCUCACCCGCUGUCAAUUCCAAAGAAUAGCGUCCCGCUCCGUCGGUUCCGGCUGCGCGAUACUUUGACGAUGUGAUUCACGCGUCUAGAUCCCGAACCAGACCGCCUAGGUACGGUCGACUCUCUCAACGACUUAAACGAGGUCCGGACUCGGAUUGGUGAUAAUGGUCCAGUCUUCUCUACAUCGUGUGUGAUUCGCAUUUUAUGCCCGCGGAUGUUUCACCUCUAGACUCUGGUGCGGGUUAGGAGCACAGAACGUUCGUCCUAAAAUGACUCGCGGCAUGGCUUGCCGCGAAGAGUUCUUGGCAGAAUAGAAAACACACACGGAGCAGAUAGAGCGUAUUUGAGGAGAGAUGCAGAGGUUCCUGCAAUCAGAUUCUCUUUCGUGUGUAGCAGAAAUCUGUACCAGUCAGUAGUAGAAGCAUCAAUUGAGUUGGUACCAUGAGCAAUGGCAGUGCCAAAAUUUGGAGAACAAACACAUCCGCAUUUUGCCGUUGUCACUGUCCCCUCCUGGUAGUUGCCCGCCAUGGCUCCUAGGGAGCCCUUGCGUCUGAAUGUCAACAUCCCCCCACCACUCAACAACCCUGCCCUGGCAUACGGCGGACAACCUAUGUUCUCCCCCGCGCUGCCUACGGCCUUACACAAUGGUUUCCUCCCACAAUUCCCUCUACGCACCCCGAUGCAACCGUUUUUCAACGUCCCGGUCCCCGGCGCCCCUCCGCGCCCGACCCACCGCCAAGGGGCAGCUAGCAUGGCUAACUUCACCCCGUCGGCGCUUCAGGGCACAUUCCCCAUGACUCCCGGCGGUGGGCAUUUCCCCCGUCCAUCACUGGGUCCGGGGCAGUUGAAUCUCGGUGGCGGGCCUCCCUUUCCUGGUCGAAACAGGAGACAGCCCAGCAUCGGAGGACCACCCAAGGCCGUCCUCGGGGGUCCGGCCGCAGCACGUAAACUCAGUCCCUUACCACCUGUCGUGGACACGCCACCCCCCGCGCCCGCGAAGGCCAAAAAAGUCAUCGUCAAGCUGCCCCACGAGGCCCCCAAAGACGACGCGGGGGCCGCGCUGGAACCCCCGGUGUGGGCCAGGCGGCCGUUGGACGCGCCGUUUGUCUUCGAGGACGUUGUCGUGGCGGAGGCGGAGUUGACGUCGGGGGAGAUGUUCCCCCCGGAAGACCACAGGGGCGAGAUGCCGCCUACUCUGGAGGUGUUUCUUCCCGGCAAGCGUGCGUGGCAAGAUAUCAAAAAGCGGGAGAUCGACGAGAAACUGGAGAGAUUGGGUGUCGAGAGCAGCCCUUCCAUUCAUUCAUCUCAUGGUCCCCACACUCGUGCUGCCUCGAUAUCAUCUCCAGCCGACCCAGCACUGCUGCUCUUCAAACUGAAUAAACUGCAGCAAGCGCAGACCAAGUCGUCGCUGAAUCCGUCACCCCUCAACUCGCUCUCCACGUCACCCCAACCACCCAUGGGUCUUUCCCCAUCACCAGGGUUCCAGCCGGCGCCAAGGUUCCUCAAUCGACACGGUUAUAGCAUGUCCCUGGCGCAGCCACCCACCUUCUCGCCGGCAUCUAAUCCAUUCGGACCCAACGCCUUCCUUCCGCGGGACCAGACUUUCACGGCGUCGGAAUCGGGAGCGGAGUCCGAUACGGGGCUGAUACACGCUCCUCAAGGGCGUAUCCCCCUGUCCAUACCCCCAUUCACAUCCAAGUCCGCACAAUCCUCACGGCCUGUGAGCCGAGACAGCCGGCCCGACUUUAUCCGGGGCUUUGGGCUGGAUGUUACAGAGGAGGAAGAUGAGACCGAGGAAGAGAGCGAAGGAAACGAUCUCUUUGCAACGAUUUCGAAUGCCGGCGUGGAGGAGAGGCGAGUGGAAGUUGAAAAUGAAUUCCAGGAUGAAGAAGACGAGGAGGCUAUGCGAACGGUGGGGCAUUCGCGACACGUUUCGAAGCUUUCGGGGGCGCUCUCGUUGCGGACGGUCGGCGGUAUCGUCGGAGACGUGCUGAAUAAUGGCCUCCAGAGGACGGAGCUCGUGCUAGGCGAUGCUUCCGAGGACAUGGAUUUGGAGCUCGAAGUAUCAGCGGAAUGGACUGGCUCCGAGGAUCAUUAUCGUGGGGGAGAUAUCUCAGAUGAGGAGAGCAUCGGCGACUGGUCGAAUCCCUCCGACGAGGAGCGUGCGAGACAACAGCGCGUGGACCGGCGCAUGCAGAGGAGGCUGGACGACGAACCACGACGUGUGCCCAAUUUCCCGCGGCCACCAGAAAACACUGCGGUCUUCCGCAGGGAUUACGACGACCUGAUCUCCAAUCCAAGUGAAGAAGAGGCGAUGGAUCGCACAGAAUACUUGGCCGUGGAUGCGAACAAGUAUUACACAGCCGCAUCUCCGGCGUCUCGCCCGCUUCCUGCGCUGCCUCAUUCGCGAGGCACAUCUGGCAACUUCACAAUACACGAUCCUGCUCAGGCGCACUCUCGCCUGCCGUCGGGAAAUAGCAUGUAUGUGCAGCCCGAGUCGCAGCCCGUGAUGCCCCGACGAGAUUCGCUCAAUCCUCAUGCCAAACCGUUUGUGUUCGGUGCGCCGAUCUCGCUCCACUCCAGGCUUCCCUCGAGCGGAACCGGACUCAAUCCCGGUGCGAUCGAAUUCAAGCCCCGGGGUCUCAACAUCGCUGCUGCGGAAUUCAAACCGACUGGCUUCACAUUCCGACCUCCCGCUGGGGUCCCUCAUGUGGCGUUCCCCGAGCCAGAGACAGUGCUGACCGUGGACGGGUCGCCAUUCAAGACCCAAGGAAGGGAGAAGCGCCAGAGAUUAAGCACGGGCUCCGAGGCAGAUGACACCAUGUCGUCGUUCCGGUUCCCGCCGACUCCCCGCCGACCCGAAGAGCCGACAGCGUUUUCGUUUGGCGGAUUUGCUGCAUCGAAUUCGUUGGAGCUGCCGACGGUCAUGCCGGUGCCGAUGAGCCCAACUGUCGAUGACGCAUCGCAGAGUUUCGAGACCGAGGUUGUGGAUAUGCCUCAGCCUGAGCCUGAGCCUGAGCCUGCUACGAUGUCGAGUCGCAAGCGGCCGCCGAUCCCUCUGGACUUUACUGCACAUGGUUCAUCCCCCAGCGUCCAACUGGACUUCCGGUCCGGCAACACCGUGCCAGCCGGACUUUUCAAGGCGAUGGCAGCAAACGGGGACGAACGCACGCGCCGAACCGUGCGCUCGCGUCUCAGCUCGCACGAGUUCCACUCCCACCGGCCGUCGUUGGACGACCAAAAUGUGGCAUCGAUCACGCGCAAGAUCUCGCGCUCUCGGCUUGUCACUGAUCCGGGCCUGUCGAUGUCCCCGGUCGAGGAUGUGUUUGCCUCCGCAGCGAGGACGCAUUCUCGCCGGCGGUCGUCGCUGCCGGACGCGCUCAGAGACGCGACCGAUCCGUCUGUGUCCGACGAGCAAUCUGUGGCUGCGGACCUGACGACGCGCAUGGAGCUGCACCGGUACGAGGAGCGCUUGGAGGCUCUGCUCGACGACAAGCUGGAGGGCUUCCGGCGCCAAAUACUCCAGAAUCGCACGUCGCUCAGCCCGUCGGCGGAGGCGAUGAUCACCGAGGUCGUGCAGCUUUUCCGCAGCCAGCUGCAGGAUUCUGCGGCACGCGGGUUGGAAGACAGCCAGCUGGAUGCGCGGGGCGAGCUGGACUUUGAGAUGAUCAAGGAUCUGGUGCAGCAGGGACACGCUGAGGCGCGGUCGAUGCUGAAGCACGAGCUCGCUGCGCUAUCUCUCCGGGGAGUGGCGCCGGGCGACAGUGUUGGUCCGCUGAUGCAGGAGCUGAACCAGCGCACUGUGCAUGCUGUGGUGGAUGCCAUCCAGGAUCUUUCUCUGCGGCUGGAGACUAUCAACGGGGCUGCCCCCGCCCGAGAGCGCGACUCGAUGGUCGAGGGGGUUGUCUCUGCCCUGGUGCCUGUGCUGAAUGGCCUGCGUCCGGAGAUGGUCGACUACGAUCACCUCACGGAGAAGCUCACUCAAGCCGUCAAGCCCCACAUCUCACAGUUGAUCGACUUGGCUUCCGAUAAGCGAGAAACGGCGGGGCUGAUCGUUGACCGGAUUCUUCCUCUUCUUCCGUCGCAGUCUCAGAACGUGGACACAGAUGCGAUUGCCCUCCGGCUGACUUCUGAGAUCCGGCAUGCCAUCAAGCCCAUUGAUGCAUUCGAGAUCAAAGAACAAGUCGCGGAUUUGGUUGUCGAGCGUCUCGACUCGCGAUUGGCCGUCCGCGACAGGUCGCUCAAUCCCGAAACGAUGGCGGGCAAGCUUUCGGAGAGCAUUGUUCCCUUGCUGGAGCCGCUUUCUGCCCAUCUCACCACCUUGGUCGACGGUCAGCGACAGCUUUCUGCGCAGCAGAGCGAUCUGGCCGCAGCGGUGGAGCUGGUGAACAGUCUCCCACCACGUCUUCUGGAGUCGGUCAAAUCCGCCAGCGGAUCGGAUAAGCAUCUGCAACAGCUCAAGUCUGCCGUCAACAACGUCGCGUCCGAGCAAAAGGCGAUGUCCUCCACCAGCCAACAGCUUCUUGCGCUGAACAAGGAUCUGCUGGAGCACCUCACCGCCCUGCCCGACUCGCUGGCAGCUGCAACGAACAUUCUACAGGGCGCGCAUGCAGAGUUCGCGCUGACGCGCGAUGCGAACAAGCGCGAGAUGGACGAGCUGCGGAGGAGCAACACCGACUUCCAGGUUCAGACCACCAAGGCUCGUGGGCUGCACGGCCAAGUGCGUGUCGAGAAGGAUGUGCUUGUCGAGAAGCUGUCCAUCGUGGAGGCCGACCGGGACAGGCUGCGCACUCAGCUCAAGGACGCACAGACGCUUACGUCGGCCAAGGCUUCGGAGAUGGCGACGGUCGAGGCGAGGAACAAAGAGCUGGAGCAGGCGCUGUCCAAGGCACUGGCGAGAUUGCAGGUCUCGGAUGCGACGCACCAGACCAGUCAAGAUAAGAUUGCCGAGCUUGAGAAGAUCAGCCGGGAGGCCCAGGCUGAGCGGCAGGCUCUCAAGUCCAAGGUUGACUCGCUUGAUCUGCAGGCCACGUUCGCUGCUCGCGACAAGGAUUCGGCGCAGCAAGCUCUUGCGACACUGCAGAAGCAGCACGACAAUUUGACUUCGCAGCAGACUCACUGGGAUGACCUGCGCCAUGCCUCCGCCCAGAUCGAGAUGCUCACAAGUCUGAUCGGACAGGCGGACAACGAGGAGCUGAAAGAGCUGCGCCAGGUGCGGGAGCGCAGCAAGGCGAUCGAGGCGGAACAUGCUGCUCUCCUGAAACGGUUCAAAGAUCAAGAGGCGAAGCUGGUGAACUCGGAGAAGAGCGCUGUGUCUGCGAGGCAGAGUCUGUCGACCGCUCAGCUGCGAUCGGCGGAAUGGGAGAAACGGGCGAAGGAUUACGAGGGCCAGCUCGAGCUCACGCAGACGAAGCUGGAUCAGACUGAGCAGAUGCAUUCGCGGCUGGAAGCUGACCACUCGCUGGUCAGGCUGCAGCUGGAAGAGCGGGAGGCUGAUGAGCGCUUGGCGCAGGACCGGGACAACAAGCUCCGCGAUCAGAUCAUCGCGCUUGAGGCGAAAGUGGCGCAGCUGGAGCAGGAUCGUGCGCGCGCCAAGACCCCGACGAAAUCUGCCGGUGCACCACGCGCCAGUCUGAACGGUCUCACGAACGGAGUCGCCCGCCCGUCGUCCCGCGCCAGCACGGUGUAUCCCAGCCGCCCUAACACACCGACGCUGAGCGAGAACACGUCGGUGUGGGACUCGCGACACGCGCCUGCGCGCGGGACGAAUGGCAGCAUGCAUGCUGCGAGCGGCAACCACGGCGUCCGCACGACGAGCAUCCACGCCCCCGUCGCCAACACCCCGACCCCCGCCAGCCGGUACUCCGGGCUCGGCAACCAGCCGCGCCGCCCGACGUCGCAGGCGUACCGGUAUUCGACGCCGGUGCGGCAGAACGCGCCAUCGCCGACGCCGAGCGUGGUGUCGCUGGCCCCGACGCAGGGUGCUGAUGGCUGGUGGUCAUGAUCCGCUGUGUCGCUCUGACGUCUUUCUCCCUCCGUGUCUGCUUGUUGUUUGUCUCUGUCUGCUAUGCUCACUCGUCAUCUCUGGAUUAUCUCACUACUAUGCAUCCUACAUUAUUCGCAUCACAUACUACUUUAUCUAUCCCCAUCUUUACUGCCCAUAUCCACUGCCGACCGCGCACCUUCUUUUAUAUUCUGUGUAUAUACCUUUGCAUACCUCUGUAAUUCAAGUACCCCGGUGCAUUGGAGUCGAGGACGAAUAUUGAUGACUAUUGAUGAUGAACCGCGCACUUACAUAACGGCUUGUUUCGAUCUAUCACCCACCGUGAUUGGCGCCGAUGUCUGCUGAUAACGCGCCCCCGCCCGUCGACUGGUCCGCCCUGUCGCUCUUCCCAGCCACACCCGCCCAGAUCAUCCAAGCGAGGAAGCGGACGCACCAGGAAUGGGGCAAGGGCUUGACUCUCGAGGAGCAUCUGGAGCGCGAUGCGGCGCAGGAUCUGUUGCAGGGCUCGCAGGACGGGAGAUUGACGGUCUGGGUCCUUGCUCCCCGCGACGAUUCGGGUACUCUCGACUUCAAGUGCGCCUGCGAGACAUUCAAACGCACAGGACUCGUGCGCGGGCCCGGCAAGCCCGCCGCCCGCACCGUCGCCUGCUACGGAAUCGCGUCGGUGUUCACCCCGCCCGAGCACCGCGGGCGCGGGUUCGCGCGCCACAUGAUGCGCCUGCUGCACUGGGCCAUCGCGGACCCGGCGCUGCUCCCCGCCGCGGCGUUCCCGAGCGCGGAAUGGGGCGCGCCGCCUGCGGUCGAUGCGGCGCGGUGGCGCGACGGGUGCGCCAGCGCGCUGUGGAGCGACGUGGGCAACUUCUACGCGCGCUGCGGCCCGGUGCCGGGUGUGCAGGGGUGGGUCAUCACGGGGACGCGGACGACGGUGUGGGAGGUCCGGCCUGCGGAGUCCCGGCCGACGACCACAACGACAGAGGCGAUUGGAUGGGAGCUUUUGGAUGGCGCGGCGGUGCUGAGGCUGUGGGAGCACGACUCCGAGUCGAUCCGCUGCGAUAUCGAGUCGGACGCAGACGUCGAUCGGCCGGUCUUCACUUUCCUCCCCCGUGAGGGCGUCGCGUCUUUCCAACAUCGCCGCCUCGAUCAGUUUCUGGACCGUCUUCCUGUCCGACCCGUCACGUGGGGCGUCGCCAGCGCCGACAAGACAGCCUACGCAACGUGGACGAUCGAUCCCCGGCCGCCGCAUCCAAGGACCCUUAUAAUUUCGCGGCUCCGGGUGUCUGUGGAUCUGUUCGACGAGCUGAUGAAGCAGGUGUUCGCGGUGGCGAGGGAGUAUGGGGUGGAACGCGUGGAGGUUUGGAAUCUAGACGAUCAGUUGGUUGAUCACGCUCAGGAUGCGAGAACGUUCGAGCGGAGUGAACAUCUUCCGGCUAUAAAAUGGUACGGCCCCGAAUCGGAGUCGGACGUAACUUGGGCUUUCAAUCAGAAGUUUUGCUGGUGUUAAAUAACAUUCAGAUCACCUGGGGGUUAAAUGCCUGAGCCCUAGUUAGAUCUCAAGAUGAAACAUGCUCUUUAUCGUCGGGACUAAUUCAUAUCCAUAACCACGUGAUCGCGUUAGGAGUCGCAUCACUAACUUCCCCGUUCGAGUUCGGGCUUCCAGCUUUCAAGCCCAGGGCCUGCGAAUCGUCAUUCCAUUCCCCCUGAGAUGCUAGAAUGGCGGUCAUUGAUUUUUGAGCAUCGGUGGACAUGUGAAUGUGUGGCCUUUCGAUGUCCGACCAUCGAAGCCGGUGUCCGCACUGCCCGCUGUAGUCGCGAAUGCAUCGGAUUCAGCCUGGGGUGCUCCUCGUCCUCGUUCUUGACAACAAGCUUCUGCGGGACCGAGUUGCAAUCGAGAGAGACGCGGAACGGAUGGGAUGUUUUGUUGUCUCAGAGCACGCCGCUGGGGAAGUCGUACAAGGUCUAGUCGAGCGGAUGCCGAAGAAAGGAGAGAUCCCUCCCAGGCGGAACCAUGCGUCGCAAACUCAGAAUUACCAGACGGUGGCAAUAAGCGAGACACUUGCCAUGGAUGAUGCUUUCGGAAACUAGGAACGCAUGUCCGUUGCGGCAGCCCAAAGAUUGUGCGAGUUCAUAGCGUUCUCGAGCGAAAGCUGUUUUUCUCGGCGUAGCACGAGAACAAGGAGCGCCAUUGCUCGUGUCCAUUGUCACUAGAAUGAAUUGGCAGGCGAAAGGAUUGUAGAGCGAAGAUCCCAGGACGGGUUUUCGACCAAAGAUGCGAGGGCGCGGAAAGAUGGCUGCAUAGUCUCAUCAGGAACACGAGAUGCAAGACUCUUGUCGCCGCGUCAUCCCGGCAGACGAGCUGUAAGGCUAUAAUCUUGUCGAAGCAGUUGCGGCUGAUGUUUGUGAAACUCCAGAUCUUGUUCAUUGUCAUUGCGGGAGGCGACCAAAUAUCUUUCGGAACCCCUUUGCCCCGGGAACGGCAUGCCGAGAUGAAGGAGAACCAUCCUGAGAACAAAAAGAACCCGGCGCCAACUCGGCACGCAGUGCAUUUCGUGCCUUGGCCGUCAGUCAUCGCUCAUGUCUGGCGCCUUCCGGUCCUCCACCGCCGUAGCGCGUUUUUUUGGCCGGAAUUCUGCUGAGAGGCCUUGGAGAUGCGACCUUCCGGGCACAACAAGGUGACCGAGCGCAACAAACGCAAUGAGACACGUCAAUGAGUCGAGGCAGGCCGCACGCGCGUUGGCAGCAAGCGUAGUGCCGUUGCACGUGACAACCUUGAUGGAGCUAUCCCAUUAUCAGGGGGGCCGGUCCACAGACGUCG